AUGCUUCGCAAGAAAGAAGUGUACACGGUCUGCACACCAAUCCCGGGCUUCAUACCCCGCCAGCUGGCCAUCGACAUCCUCCACAGCCACGGCGAGGUCAUCACCCUGAACCCGCUGGUCCUGUCGCACAAACAGAUUAAGGCGCCUCGCGAUGCGGCCGCCGACGAGUACUUCUCCACCUGGUACGAGAUCACCGAGCGCAUACAGUAUGUCCCAGGUCUCGGUCGCUUCGGCUCCGGCAAGCUGGUCUUCACCGGCUGUUUCCACGACCUGCCCUGGGGCCUGCAGAGUCACAUCCUCGUGCCCAUGGGCGUCGACCUCCGCAACAAGUACCGCAUCGCCGGCAACCAGCCGGGCGUCGAGCCGCCCGAGCACGCCGAGAUCGGGCUCGCCGCCCUCGGCGCGCCCAAGGACGGCCUCUACCUGCGCGAAGACAUCGAGAUCCGGUGCAACAUCGCCAUGGUCGGGCUGGUCAAGUCGCAGAUGAAGACGGCCAGCCGGGAGAUGGUGCAGCGCAUCAUCAAGAAGGCCGAGCUGCUCGACGCCGGGGUCCUGCAGGCCAUGAUCGAGGACGGCAAGAUGAAGACCUUCAACCCGAACGACAAGACCUACACCGGCGGCCUCACCGACGCGCUGCGAUCGCCGCAGUUGUCGCCCGCGAGCCCCUACCAACCGCCCAUGUCCCCGUCGAUCCCUUACCAAGUCCCGCGACCGAAAUCGAUGCAGCCGCAGCACCUACAACAGCAGCAAAGCCGUCCGGGCACGGCUGGCUCCCUGGGGUAUCCGGCGCAUUGGCAGCAGCAGCAGCAGCAGCAGCAGCAACAGCACCAAGACCACCAACACUACGCCGAACUCCCCUCCAACAACACGGGCCAACAAAUCCCCUCCCCGGUGCCCCAGCACUUCGUCAACGAGCUCCCGGGCGACUUCUACCACACGCACCCGCACUCGCAAUCCUCGCCACACCUGCAGCCGCCCCAGCCCUCGCCCACGAUCCCGCAGCAAGCCUACGGCCGGCAGCACUCCCACUCCCCGACGUCGAUCUAUUCACAGCCACAGUCGCAGCCGCACACACCCGAGCCGCGAUGGUCGCACUCGAACGGCCAGCCGAGCCCGUCGAUGAUGAGCGUCAGCUCGCGGCCCACGUCGUAUAACUCGGACCCCGGGACCAAUAAUGGCUUCGGCGGCGGUGCGGGAUACGGCUCGCCGGCGCUGGACCACAAGGGCUUCGCGGCCGAGCUGCCGACGCAUCGCGAGACGCUGGAGGAGCAUGGGCCUGAGAGCGGCGGGCGGAGGCCGGCGUCGCAUCAGCCGAUGGGGCAGCGGCAGGGCUCGGUUUCGAACUUGAAUGCGAAUGUGAAUCAGGGUCAUGGGUCUUGGGGGUAUGCUUAUAACCCGGCGGACUACUCGCGGACGAGUCGAUAG